CAAGGUGAAGGUUGGGGAUUGAAACCUUUCAUUUCAUCAGCAGUUUGAUGGCAAACAUAUGCCAAACCUUUCUCUAUCAGCUUGACAGCCCACUUAUACAGCUGAUCAAAAUAAUCGGAAGAAAAGUACGUGAAAUUCUUAAUUUGUUGCAUAACACCGCGCAGAUUUCCAAAAAAUACAAAAAUGCUGAAGCCUACGAACCCUUCCGGCUACUUUAAAGCUGUGAGCCAGGUGGUAAGCAACCAAUUAAACGUAGGCAAACAGAUUGCAGUGCUGCCAAAGCAGACCAAGUCCUUUGCACCCCCUCCGAACAACAGCUUUAUAGCCCUAAGCAGAGCCCUACCAAAUGGCAACGUCACAAUCUCCGUUGGCCCCGCAGUGACCAGCCAAGUUAGGUGGGCGCACACAGAUAUCCAAGUACCAUCAUGGGACAACUACCGCAGGGAUAGCACCAAAAAAACGGACGUAAAAAAUGCCGAAACCGAAGAAUCAAGGAAGAAUUUCACGUAUCUUAUGGCCGGAGCCCUUGGUGUAGGAUCAGCAUAUGCUGCAAAGUCUGUAGUCACUCAUUUUGUCAGCUCAAUGAGUGCAUCCGCUGAUGUACUGGCUCUUGCUAAGAUUGAAGUUAAGCUGUCCGAUAUCCCAGCAGGAAAGUCUGUUACCUUCAAAUGGAGAGGUAAACCCCUUUUUAUCCGUCAUCGCACAGCAGACGAAAUUUCGGCCGAACAGUCGGUAGCCGUUGCCUCGCUGCGUGACCCUCAGCACGAUAACGAACGUGUCCAGAAACCCGAAUGGCUGGUAGUCCUAGGCGUAUGCACACAUUUGGGUUGUGUGCCCAUCGCCAACGCAGGCGACUUUGGAGGGUACUAUUGCCCCUGCCACGGGUCCCAUUACGACGCCUCUGGUAGGAUCAGGAAGGGACCUGCUCCUCUUAACCUUGAAGUGCCCCACUACGAGUUCCCCAGCGAUGAACUCCUCGUCGUUGGUUAAGCGAUUUUUAUGAUUUAUGUUAAGUUGUAAGCGUAAGCUACUGACAUAGGAUAUUGUAACAUCUUUGUUUAUGUUCAGUGUAUAAUUUGUAAAUUAUGUGAUUCCAAAAUAAAGUUACUCAAAGGAGUUUUUUUUUUCA